GAGAACCACAUGAACACAUUAAUAAUUGUUGAUAUACUGCAGAAAGGUGCAAAAUGGCAGCAGCCAUGGCUGUUUCAAGGACAGCAAAUGAAGACGACUACAGUGCGUAUGCACACAUGUCUGAAGAACAGCUGCUACAGUUGGCUAUUGAACGAAGUCUAGCUGAUAUAAAUUUAACUCCAUGGCAGAAUCGACAACUGCAUGCCCACACAGAGCCAGCUGUCCCUACACAACAACCACCAUUUAACCCUAACUCAGCAAACCCACCCUGUGAGAUCACGUGUACACAAAUCAACAGAGAUGUUCAAGAUCAUUUCUUCAGUAAGGACAAAGGCAAGGUGAUUGCCUGGACAAGGCACAAUGAACACCUGCUGGUCACAGUGGAGAAUGUGAAUGAUAUAGACCCUUUUCUCUCAGCCAUUUGGAGAGGAGAUGCAAUGACUCUACAAGAAAUCAUUCAUUCCAAAUCUAAAAAUCUCAAUGAACCCAAUCAAGACGGCUGGAUACCGCUUCAUGAGUCUGCAUACUAUGGCCAUAUUGAGUGCCUUAAGAUUUUGCUCAAAGCCAGACCAGAUACAAUCAACAAACGAACAAACACAAGUCAGACACCGCUCCUUUUGGCAGUGGGUCGCAAACAUGUUUCUUGUGUAUUGCACCUCUUAGAGCAAGGAGCCGAUCCUAACAUUGCAAAUAACCAGUGGGAGACACCACUGUACAAAGCAUGUGAGAAACCUAAUGAAGAGAUUGUGGAGCUUCUUUUGAGAUUUGGAGCUUCACCAUCCAAAGCCUGUAUUCAAGGUGGCACUCCACUACAUGAAGCAGUGAGGAACAAGCAGUUAGAGAUUUGUAAGAUAUUGAUACAAGCAGGGGCAAAGCUUUUGGCCAAAAAUGUUUAUGGCAUUGACAGCCUGUUUACAGCUGCUCAGUGUGAUGCUGUCGACGUGCUUAACUUCCUAAUUUGUAAAGGAGGUAAUAUUAAUACCCAGGCAAAUGAUGAUGCAACCGCAUUGUUUGAGGCUUCUAAGAAUGGUCAUGAUGAAGUUGUUGAGAUCCUCUUGAAGAAAAGAGCUGAUGUUAACAAAGCCAACAAAGCUGGAUUACUUCCUAUUCAUGUUGCAGCAAAGAAUGGUCAUGAGAGCAUUGUUGCCAUACUAAUCCCAAGAACUAACAUGGCCAAAGUGAAAUACUCCGGCAUUAGUCCUCUUCAUUUUGCCGCUGAACGUAACAGAGAUGAUGUUCUAGAAACGUUGAUUGAGGGUGGAUAUGACGUCAAUGCCACGCUGUCAGAUGACUGGUCAAAAAUGCAUGAAGAUCGUCGCAUCACGGCUCUGUACUCGGCUGUGGCAAACAGGAACAUUGAGGCAGCUACGAUGCUGUUAGAAGCAGGUGCUAACCCCAACCUGGACAUUUUCAACACCCUGCUAGUGGCUGUGAGGAAAGGAAGUAUGGAAAUGGUGACCUUACUGGUACAGCAUGGUGCUAAUGUCAAUGCCCUACUGCCAACUCAUCCCACCAACUUCCCAGCGGUUUUGGCUUUCUGUGUGAGGCACACGUUGAUGAUGAAGUAUCUACUGGACAAUGGCUGCGAUGCACUAUCAUGUUUUAACUGUCAAUAUGGCAGUAAUCCUCAUCCCCCCAUAAAACUAAGACGGAAUGGACAUGAAAGAAUAUAUUGUUUGAAUGACGAACCAUCAGAAUACUGUGUACAGUUUUGUGAGAUAAUCUCUCCUCCCUCAGUCAGCGAAUUGGCGGGACCCAUCAUAAACACGUUGCUUGACUAUGUGGGUCAUGUUAAACUCUGCUCUAGAAUAACUGAGUACCUAGACAGCUACAAAGAAUGGGCCCGUAUUAAAGAAAAAUCAGUUCUUCCUUGCACACUGAUGCAUCUGUGCAGACUCAAGAUUCGUCAGCGAAUGGGAAUCCCCAGACUGAGGCGAAUCAAUUCUCUUCCUCUACCAGGGAGACUAAUCAAGUUUUUGGGUUAUGAAUUAGAAUCAUUUGAGGAAAUCCUGUGA